AUGGAAUUUAAGUAUUUGAUUUAUAAUUUACCGGACCAGGCUUCGGAACCCAGGUCCCGCUCCGAGGGUGCGACAACCCUCGACGUAGUACCGCCGCCGCCACCGCCACCACCACCACUGUGGCCCACUGUUACAGUGGUGCAAGCGGCAGAGGAGAGCAGCGACGACGAAAGACUCGUCCGUAUUAUUCCUGGAGUGUCCGACGAAGCUGCAUCAACGUCGGCCCAGGAGACAGAGCAGAUGGUGAUAAAACUCUGCUCUGUCAGAUUGACGAGAUUAUUGACGCUGCCACGACCACCAUCACCAUCAUCGCCGCCGCCGCCGCCACCACCACCACUGUGGCCCACUGUUACAGUGGUGCAAGCGGCAGAGGAGAGCAGCGACGACGAAAGACUCGUCCGUAUUAUUCCUGGAGCGUCCGACGAAGCUGCAUCAACGUCGGCCCAGGAGACAGAGCAGAAAGUGAUGAAACCCUGCUCUGUCAGAUUGACGAGAUUAUUGACGCUGCCACGACCACCAUCACCAUCAUCGCCGCCGCCGCCGUCGUCGUCGUCGUCGUCCUCGUUCUCGGACGCCUCCUCCUCGUCUUAG